AAACCCUGAAAAGGAAAACCCACCUUGUAAUGCUCAAGAAUUAGAAGAAUGUGAUGCUUUUCUUGAAGAUGGAGCAAGUUUGUGCAGAUUUGAUGGUGAUACCUUGAAAGUCACUCAUGUAAUUAAUCUUGGAAGUAACCAGUAUCUUUUCUCAGUUGUUGUGAAUCCCAGAGAAAUGCCAUGCUUCUGCCUGAGGCAUGAUGUUGAUGCUCUUCUCUGGCAGCCUCACUCUGACCAACCAGAGAACAUGUGGGAACACAUUGCGACCUUUAAUGCUUUAGGUUAUGUCCAAGCAUCAAAGCAAGACAAGAAGUUCAUGGCUUGUGCUCCAGAUUACUCGUAUGCUGCUCUCUGUGAGUGCUUGCGACGAGUUUUCAUCUACCGUCAGCCGACUCCGCUGGCCACAGUUCUCUACAACAGGAAGGAAGGAAGACAAGUAGGGCAGGUUGCUAAGCAGCUAGUAGCAACCUUGGAAGCCAAUGAUCCUAUCUUAGGCUUUCAAGCUACAAGUGAGAGAUUAUUUGUUCUCACAACAAAAACCUUGUUUUUAAUAAAGGUGAACUCUGGAAAUUAAUUAUUCAGUAUUAUGCUGUAGUUUGUGUUAACAAUUUGUUAUAGAACUGGAUAGGUUCAGUACAUUUUGCUGAAGUUUAAAAUGGGGAUGUUUUACAGGGGAA